AUGCUUUCAGAUAUCAAACAAUUUGAAUAAGAACACAAAGAAGAAAUGAAACUUCUUUAAUUGAAGUACGAGUAAAAGAUAGACCUCCUAUCGUAAAGAAUUGAUAUCUUAUAAAAAGAGAUAGAAGUUAAGGACAAUAUUUAUUCAGAUCUUAAAAAUAGAUCUAUUCAGAAUGAGGAAUCCAAGGUACAAAAAACUGAGGAAGAUGUUCAGGAUUUCGGUGCCACUAUCUAAAAAUUUCAUAAGCAAAAAGAAAAGGAAUUAAUGAAAAUUAAAAAGAAUUACCAAAAAGAAUUAAUUCACAAUUAGAAGCUCUUGAGAAAAAAAGAUGCUACUAUAGAGUAACUACAAUAAGAGAUUUCAUAAUACAAAUCAGUGGCAGCACAAAAUAUGGAUAACCAAAAAAUUUUGUUACUCUCAAAAUUAAUUGAUUUAGCAAAUGAAAUUCAAAAAUAACUCUGA